GUAAAUGGCACUGAUCUGUAAAUGGUCAGUAGUGGCAGUAUUAUUGACAUAAGUUCACAAUCUGCUGCAUGGAAGUUGUGAGGCAUUCGAGGAACAGUAAGAAAGCCACAAAUUUAUCACCGAAUUUCGAAGAUGGGAGGCGGAGACCUUGUAAGUAGUUGAAUAAAAUAAUUUAAAGAAGUCAUGGCAUCCUUCUACAAUGAAAAAUAUGGAGAAGGUGUGGAAAGCAGAGCAGCAGAACAGCCAAGAAAAGAAAAGAAUAGCAGAAUUAAAGCGUGAGAUUGAAAUGGAGAAAGAUCGAGAAGAUAUGACAAAAUAUGCGAUGGACCAAGGUGUAAUUGAGAAAAAAGAGGAUAAAAAAUUGGAUUGGAUGUAUCAGGGACCAAAUCAAAUGUUAAAUCGGGAAGAUUAUCUGUUGGGACGCGCUAUCGACAAACCAUUUGAGCAGAUGGCUCAGGCUGAGAAAGAGGCAGAGCAAAAUCGUGCGCCCAAAAAUCACGUAGAAUAUGAAUGCAUACCACCGUCACUGAGAUUCUUUUCGGGCAAUGAACAAGUGGAUUUAGCCAGAAAAUUACAAGAAGAUCCAUUGUAUGCUAUAAAAAAAAAAGAGAUGGAAAGUCGGAGUCAGUUGUUGAAAAAUCCCGUUAAACUGAAGCAGCUUAAACAGCUAUUGGAGGAGCAAGCAACAAAAAGUAAGGCCGAGAAAAAGCAUAAAAAAAGGAAGAGCAAGAAGCAGAGUAAGCAUGAUUCUGAGGGUAGUGACAGUGAUAAAGACUUGGACAAUUUAUUAGCUGCAAAGUAUAGUAAGCUUAAAAAUAAAAUAAAUGAAAAAGACUUACUAAUGUCUGUGAAAAAGUUGAAAAAACAAAAAAAGAAAAAGGAGAGUAAAAAGUCAAGCGAUUCUGAAGAAACCAGUGAGGAUGAAGAAAUAGAAAGAAAAGCAAACUCAAAAGAUAAAUCUUGGAAGAAACAGCAUAGUAUUGAUGAAAAUGAAUCUGAAAAACGCAGCCACAAGUCGAGAGUCACUAGUUAUGAUAUUAAAAGAACACACGAACAAGUGGAUCGAAAGAGGUAUAAAAAUAAUGGUUACAGUCACGAGGAAGAGGCCUCAGGGUCUAAGGACAAGCACAAAAGAACUAGUCGUGUUAAUGACAAUGAAGAAUACCAAACCAAACGACGUCGAAAUUCAAACGACUCUGUUAGGAAAUCCAGCAAGUCUUUAAGGUCAGAAACAAAAAGAUUGCAUAGUCCUGAAAAUAGCGGGAGUGACGAAUCAGAACAUCACAUGAAAUCGAGAGGAAAUUAUGGUCUGAUAAGGUCUGACGGAACUAAAAUUGUACCGUCCGGGAAGUCCAAUCAUUUAGAUAUAGUGAAACCCCAUGAAAAAAAAGUGUCAGAAAAACGUUGGGUACCACCCAAGCGAGAAAAGCUGACAGAAGAUGAAAAGGAGAGACGAAGACAAGAAAUGAUGGUCAAUGCGUCAUGGAGAGAUAAGGAACGAGAACAAAAUGUAAAGAGGUAUCGUGAUGAGGAAAAACGGGAAACUAGUGAUAAAACUUACAACAAGGAAUUCAUUAGAAAACAAUUGGCUGUUGCGGCUGAAGUGGGAACUGUCGAAUCAAGGAUCAAAGCCAAUAUGAAUAAUAUCCAGAGGUCAAGACGAGCAAUGGAUACAAACUUUGCGAAAAGAUAAUCCAUUGUAAAAUAUUUCCAAUGAAUACGUGAAUGUUAUUUUAAACUAUGUAAAUAAAUGAUUAUGAUUCAA